AUGGGCAGGUUCCAAUACCGGCCUCAAGAGAAGGAGGAAGGGAUGUCGGUUUCUACCUGGCAUGAUAUCUCCCACCUCUCAAUAUCAACACCCGAGCUAGUAAACACACUGAGGCAGAUGGGCCAACAGGUUAAGUGGCCUCCAAAAAUGAAGGCACCUGACUCGUUCCGAAACACGGAACUCUGGUGCGACUUCCACCACGAUCAUGGCCAUAAAACCAAAGACUGCAUCGCCCUGAGGAUCGAGGUCAACGAACUACUCCAAAAGGGGCAUCUCCGAGAAUUCCUCUCAGAGAAAGCCAAGGCCCACCUUGGCAAAGAAACACCAGGGAGAUCCAAAGGAGCUACACCAGCCUCACCACCUCGCCAAGAUCGGAUGAUUCAUGUCAUAUUUGGAGGCUCAGAAGUGAGUGGAGUGAGCCACGCAGCCGCAAAGAAAAGCACCCGCAACGCUAAUCACAAUCUUGAAACAACCCAACCGAAGCAUGUAGUCCUAAGCACCGACGAAAUAAGCUUCACAGCUAAGGAGCAAGAGAAUAUCCUAGCUCCCCACCAUGAUGCUCUAGUCAUCUCUCUCACCGUGGCAAACUGCUUGGUGAAAAGAAUAUUAGUGGACAAUGGCAGCUCCAGCAACAUUAUCUUCCAGAUGGCAUACCAAAAACUAGGGCUUGAGGAAAGCACCCUGACGCGCACGGCAACACCGCUCAUCGGAUUCAGCGGUGAAAUCAAGCAAAACCGCCGGAGAAGUUGUCCUCCCAGUAUACGCUGA